UCAGUGUCUUAUUCUUCUUCCUGGAGGUAUCUGGGUUGCCUCAAGCUCACAGUGCUCCACAGAGAAAUCAGAAAUGGCAAUAACCAGCACACUUCCAAGCUCCACAUCCCCUUUACAAAACCAUAAUCAUCUCACAAUUCCAACCAGAACCCAUAUGAUCAAAUCCCUUUCCAAUUCCAUUAUCCCAACAACCCAAAUCACAUCAAAAUCACAUGAGAACAGAAGGGAAAAGAUGGAGGCCACAAUACCAACCAUGUCGGAGAUAUUGAAGGCGUCAAGAGCCCAGAAGGUGGACCUCCAGCUCCAAACUCUGGGACCCUUUUUCAGAAUCACGGCAAAGAGCUUGGAAACCCAGAAAGAUCUUGGGAAGGCUGAGGGACUGAUAAGGGUGUGGGUGAGAGGGAAAAUUCUCCACCUGGACUCCAUUAGAUUGAGAAGAGAGACGGUGGGCAUGGAGAAAUCUAUCUUUGGGAUCGGUUUGUUCAUCGGAGCUGUCGCCGUCAGGUAUGGAUAUGAUUGUGGUUGCAAGACAGCUGAGUUACUGGCCAUCAAUGACUCCGAUCUUUACCAUUCUAAGCUUGUUAGAUUCUACACUAGAAUUGGGUUCAAGGCUGUGCAUGAAGUGAGCGGUUCGAGGGUGGGAGAUUAUGGGCACAUGUUGGUUUGGGGAGGAAUUGGUACUCGAAUGGAUGCCAUUGUUGAAGAUCUUCUUAUAAAAUGGUGCACCAGGUUCAAGUUUCGGAAUUGAAGUAAUGCUGCUGAGCUUCAUACACCUUUUUUUCUUUCUUUCACCGUUGUUUUGGCUACAUUCAAUAAAAAGAUUCAAAGGUCGAAUUCCGAGCCAUCAGCGGGAUUUGUUUGUUAAACCCUUUUACCCUUUGUUACUGUGGACUUUGUUUGUUAAACCCUUUUACCCUUUGUUA